AUGGAAUCCGCGAACACCCAACAUCUCGUACCUCGAAGAUGCACUAAAUACGCUCUACAAAAUUUUUCAUAUUUUCUUGAUUUACACUUGAAGACUGGCGGGAACACACAUUCUCCUGCCAUGUUAAAUAGCUCGACAAAUACCGAGUCGACAAGACUCCAGGAAGUUAGACUGGCCAGGGCAAAGCUCAACACCUACAAGUCGUUUGAUGCGGAAGAAGAUUUCGAGUUCUGCCCCAUAGUCAGCUCCCAGCGCUAUUUUAGCGAUCAUAGCUCACCUUUGCCAACUCCGCAACAGCCUGCCCAGAUCGACUCUGCAUCGCUGUUCAAGAUCCUUGCUGCCGCGCACCAGAAACUGCAACUACCGCAGGUCAACCCUCUCCCAGCAUUUGAUCUCCACCCUCGUCAAACCAAUGCUGAGAGUAGCUCCAAACAUACCAACUUCAACUACGUCUCGGACACGCCAACCACCGGGUCUGAGGCGGCAUCGUCCAACGCUUCCUCGCUCAAAAUUCGUUCCAUCUCGUCCAAAACUGCAGAGCAACUCCAAUCCAUCUAUCACGCCGCAGAUGAUAAAGGCUCGAGCAGAGUCCGCAUAGUCUCCAACUAG